CACAAUCCGUCGCCUAGUUAUGUGUUGGGAAAAGGACUCCGCGAAAUAGCAGCGAUGUCAGUCCAGGUUUUGGCAGCGGAAAUGGCCGAGGUCGAAUUAAAAGACGUCCCCAGCAAAGAAUUAACACCCGAAUCGCCUCUGACAACAAAGGCAGACGACAAAGGGAUAGUUGAAAGCGAACCAAAAGCUGUCGUUCCUUCGGCUACUACCCCAACGAUGGAGCCUAUCGUAAAAACCGGGGACCCGAGCCCUGGUUUUCUCACCCCGAACACUAAGAUGCCGCAGGCGUCCGCGAUGAAACGGACAGAUCCMCAACAAAACGGUGGAGAAGCUUUCGUAAAUCGCGACGGUACGGUGGCAGAGGCCCCAAGAUUGAAAAAGCAGAUCCAGUUUGCGGACCAAAAACAAGAGUUCAACAAACGUCCCACCAAGAUCGGCCGCCGCUCUCUGUCCCGAUCCAUCUCCCAGUCCUCCACAGACAGCUACGGCUCAGCUGCGUCGUACACGGACAGCUCUGACGAUGAGACCUCUCCUCGGGACAAGSAGCAGAAGAACUCCAAGGGCAACGGAGACUUCUGCAUCAAGAACAUCAAGCAGGCCGACUUCGGACGCAGGGAGAUCGAGAUCGCUGAGCAAGAGAUGCCAGCCCUCAUGGCCCUGAGGAAGAGAGCCCAGGGAGAGAAGCCGCUGGCUGGGGCCAAAGUAGUGGGCUGCACCCACAUCACAGCUCAGACAGCCGUGUUGAUGGAGACGCUGUCUGCCCUGGGGGCUCAGUGCAGGUGGGCUGCCUGUAACAUCUACUCCACGCAGAAUGAGGUGGCAGCUGCUCUGGCCGAGGGAGGGUUCUCUGUGUUCGCGUGGAAGGGCGAGUCGGAGGAUGACUUCUGGUGGUGCAUCGAUCGCUGCGUCAACCUGGAGGGCUGGCAGCCCAACAUGAUCCUGGAUGACGGCGGAGACCUGACCCACUGGAUCUAUAAGAAAUACCCCAACAUGUUCAAGAAGAUCAAGGGCAUCGUGGAGGAGAGCGUCACGGGAGUACACCGGUUGUACCAGCUGUCCAAGGCGGGGAAGCUGUGUGUCCCGGCCAUGAAUGUCAACGACUCUGUGACCAAGCAGAAGUUUGACAACCUCUACUGCUGCAGGGAGUCCAUCCUGGACGGUCUGAAGAGGACCACUGAUGUAAUGUUUGGGGGAAAACAGGUGGUUGUGUGUGGAUAUGGAGAGGUGGGGAAGGGCUGCUGUGCUGCUCUCAAGGCCAUGGGCUCCAUCGUGUACGUCACAGAGAUCGACCCCAUCUGUGCCUUGCAGGCCUGCAUGGAUGGCUUCAGACUGGUGAAGCUGAAUGAAGUGAUCAGACAAGUGGACAUUGUCAUCACUUGCACAGGAAAUAAGAACGUGGUGGUGAGAGAAUACUUGGACCGUAUGAAGAACGGCUGUAUCGUCUGCAACAUGGGACACUCAAACACCGAGAUCGACGUGGCGAGCCUGCGGACCCCGGAGCUGACCUGGGAGAGAGUUAGGUCACAGGUGGACCACGUCAUCUGGCCCGACGGCAAGCGGAUAGUGCUGCUGGCUGAGGGUCGUCUGCUGAACCUAAGCUGCUCUACGGUCCCCACCUUUGUCCUGUCCAUCACCGCCACCACCCAGGCCCUGGCUCUGAUAGAGCUGUACAACGCCCCGGAGGGACGUUACAAACAGGAUGUCUACCUGCUGCCCAAGAAGAUGGAUGAGUAUGUGGCCAGUCUUCACCUGCCCACGUUCGAUGCCCACCUCACAGAGCUGAGUGACGAGCAGGCCAAGUACCUGGGCUUGAACAAGAACGGGCCCUUCAAGCCAAACUACUACAGGUAUUAAACCAACUCUGAAAUGAAGAAAAUACCAUGGCUCCAAAAAUCGUACAGAACCAAGAAGAAAGGAGAGCGGAGGACGGAAUAGUCACACACCUGCUUUUUACAAGMGGGGAGGAGCUGUGUGCUAAUUGCUCAGAGUGGAGGGCGUGGCUUUACCUGCGCUUUGGCAGUGUUUUAUUUAUUUCCGCUAGAAUAAUGUAACUCUAACCUUUUUUGAGCUGCUCCUGCCAUUUUGGGCUCCUUAGCAAGCGUCUCCUGGAGAUUUCAUCGUCUUCUCUUAGCUACUUGUCUGUCUGUCAGUCAGUCGUACGUAAACUCCRUUGCGAGAUCUUUUUAUUGUUCGUUUAAAAACUAAUGAAGACUUAAUGAAGAAAAACAAAUGUACAAAAAAAUCUCUGUGUGAAUGAAAGAUGACCUCUGAAGAUUUAGGGAUGGACGURUGGUUCAUGUCCUGUUGUCUGUCUUUACCUACUCUUGAUUUUUGUUUUGUUUUCAAAGAUCAAUUGAAAGGGAUUAGAUGAAGAGGUGGGAGGGGGGAGGUCACUGGGUCCAAUCAUGUCCUGUCUUUGAUAAUUUGAUUCAGAUGUAUUCUCUGUCCUUGUUUUUAAGUAUGUUUUAAUGUGUUGGUUCUCCUAUUCCCCCAAUCAAACUGGACAGUGACAGGUGUGGGGGCGGGGUCUUUCCCUGUGAUUGGUUGGGACCUCUCUCCCGCACCUAUCACUCAAACACAGUGAAUCCAUCUCAGCUCCCUGUACCACAGCCUCUCAAUAAUGAACUAUGUUCUUCAGCUCCCAAACUGCUCACAUGAUGCUAGUGUUAUAUGAAAAGUAUUUUGCCGACCAGAGUUUAUGACAUCCAUCCACGAUGUCCGGAGCUAGAUUCUCCUUUCAAAGCAUUAUACUGUAUUAUAAACUGAGUUGUUCGAGCCCUGAAUGUUGAUUGGCUGAAAGCCGUGGUAUAUCAGACCGUA